CUUCAUCUUCCCAUCCCGUCCCAUCUCAUCCCACCUCAUCUAUUUGACAUGAAACUUGAAACAGCGCGGGUUACGGUUUGACAGCCUCAGAUUUUGAGAUAAAAUUUGGACCAUGAUACCCCAAAAAGUACACCUCGGGUACUAGUUCUAGGUUGUUCGGGAUGCAGAUACGAUCAAAGCGAACCCCCCCAAAGCCAAACGCGCGCGGGCGAUAAUCACGACUUGGAGCACGCGACAGCCCGAGCGGUACGAGUAGAACAAGGGGAUCCCGCCAAGAGACAAUGCACGAUUCGGACACAAGGGCGGCACCACCACCACCAUGGAGAUGGACACGGACACGGACAGCGCGCCGCCAACAAUGCAGCCGCCCCCGCCCCCGCUGCCCCCGCGGCCGCCGCGCCGGAGCCCCUCGGUGUCGUUGGGUUUGGCCUCUCCGGGAGAUGCACUUGGCAGUUUGCUUCAGCUGCAGGUAGCGCCCGCUACGACGGCCGUGUCGUCGAUCGACAUCUCGACCCUCUCCUUCCCCGACGGAUCGCGCGGCACCUUCUCUAGGGCCGCCUCUCGAACCACCACGAGAGCCGCCUCUACCACAGCAAGCGGAUAUGCCACCCCCACCCACGACACCCUCGGCGCCCUCGGCGCUCUGCCGGCCCGCGCCAACCUGGCCGACGGCUCCGACUCGAUGAGCCUCAUGAGCUUCGCCCCUACUCUGCGCCCGCCAGGAGACCUCGCCAGCCUUGUCGCCGGCGAGCUCAACAGGAAGAGCCCCGCCUGGAUGCUGCUCAGGUCCCAGAGCGCUACCGUCCAGCCUUUCGAGACCAGUGUCGAGCGCGGCCCCUCUACUACUUCCGCCUUGGCCGGCUUCGAGAGCGAGUUCGACGACAUCCCCGACCGCAGCGCCGUCACGGCCGACGAAGACCGCCUGGCGCUGUGGAAGGCUAAGCUCAAGCACUACAUGAUCCUGUCGUCGGCCGGCAAGCCCAUAUACAGCCGCCACGGCGACCUGGGCCUGGUCAACUCGUACAUGGGCAUCGUGCAGACCAUCAUCUCCUUCUACGAGGGCGCCCAGAAUCCCCUCCUGGGCUUCACCGCCGGCAACGCCCGCUUCGUCAUUGCCACCGAAGGCCCGCUCUAUCUCGUCGCCAUCAGCCGCCUGGGCGAGAGCGACGCCCAGCUCCGCAGCCAGCUCGACGCCUUGUACAUGCAGAUCCUGUCGACCCUGACCCUGCCCACCUUGCAGAACAUCUUCGUCCACCGCCCGUCCACCGACCUGCGCAAGCCGCUCGAAGGCACCGAGUCGCUGCUGUCCUCGCUGGCCGACAGCUUCACCCGCGGCUCGCCCUCGGCCCUGCUCGGCGCCCUCGAGUGUCUGCGCCUGCGCAAGUCCCAGCGCCACUCCAUCAACAACGCCUUCCUUAAGCUGCGCGGCGACAGGCUGCUCUACGGCCUGAUCGUCGCCGGCGGGAAGCUCGUCAGCGUCAUCCGCCCCCGGAAGCACUCGCUCCACCCGAGCGACCUGCAGCUCAUCUUCAACAUGCUCUUUACCUCGGGCGGCAUCAGGGCCGGCGGCGGCGAGAACUGGAUCCCCUUGUGCCUGCCCGCCUUUAACAACCGCGGCUACCUGUACAUGUACGUGAGCUUCUUUGGAGACGAGGGCUUCCCGGGCUCUCCGGGCUCUGCGAGAAAUAAGCCGGCUGCGCCCCGAGAGGGAGCAGAGCAGCCGCAUCCGCCGAGCAGUCCUCUCUCCAGCCAGAGAGGACAGCCCGAGCAGGCCGAGGAAGACGAAAUCGCCAUCAUUCUCAUCAGCACGGACAAGGAGAGCUUCUUCGAGCUCAAGGAGAUGCGCGAUAGCGUCGCCCACCAGCUGGCCAAGAACGGCAGCCUAGCCAUCAUCAAGGAGGCCGUCCGCAGCGGGCGGCCCUCGGUCGCCGCCAUCGCACCGGGCGCACAGAUCAGCCACUUUCUGUACAAGUCGCGCGCCAACGUGCAGUUCUGCAUGGCGUCGCUGGACCAGCCGGCCUUUGGCAGCGGCAGCACAAUAUCGUCAAAAACAGUAACCCGCCGCCGCCUCAUGUCCCUGUACCACGAGCUGCACGCGUCCAUGCACGCCAAGCACUCGCACCUCAAGGUGCUGCACUGCGUCGGCGAUGCUGCUGCCAGCCUCGCCUGGAUCACCCCCGUCUUCGAGUUCUACUGCGUCGCCGGCCCGAACAUCUCGCGCGCCCUCGUCACCCAGGGCGCGAAUAAGAUCAUUCAAUGGGCCCGCCGCGAGGAGGAGCGUUUGUUCAUCAUUGGCGGUGGCGUGUUUUGAAAUGUUGUCACGGCUCUUUCUGUGCAGUUUGCAGCCGUUCAUAUAUCAUGGGAACAAGUACAUGUCUCGAGGACGAAGACGAAGGAUAAUGCAGGAAUGCUUCUAGAUGAAUCAAUUAAAAUACCACAGAUGACCAUGUUCGAGUCCAUCUCUACUCUCCGCCUCCUGAACCCCCCCUUUUUUCCCAAUCGCAGUUUCUCGUCUCUUGGUUACUAGGUAGGUACGUAGGUAGGUGGUGGGUAAGCGGUAGGUGGUAGGUACCUUGGGUAGCGAUACAUGUAGACAGAAAAAGCAAUAAGGCAAGGCAGCCUCAACCACUCUCCGUAGCGCACGCAGACACGCGCAUACACACCAUUACAAGGGGCUAUACCCAUGUAGAUAGAGACAGGUCAAGGAGGAAAAGAAAAGAAAAGAAAAGAAAGAAAAGUAGCAUUGGCACCCGCUUCCGAACGUCAAAGACUUGUCGGGCUGGC